AGACAUAAUAUUGUUUCAUGUCAUGAUGUGCGUUGGGUUCAGUUAGAUAUGAGACUUUAACCUUUUAUCUCGAGGUAAAACUGUAAAAGGAAUACUGUUGCUAUUCAACUCCAAUCGGUAACUUGAUGAAUUGAUAAUCAACUGAUCUAGUGUAAAUUUUAAGAGUUAGUAAUCAAUAAAAUCAAAUUUCAUGUACAUAUAGAUUAAUAUUUUUGUUUAAGAUGACACCCAAUCUAGCCAAAUUUAUUUUGAGCUUUAGAAUAAAACCAAAUACUCAAGCAGCAAUAGUCGCUAAUAUUUGGAAAAAUUGCCAAAAUCCUUCCCCUGAAACUCCCCCAAACAGAUUAAUUCAGCGCUAUUUACAAACUCAGACUAGAAUAUUAUAUCACAAUGAAGUGGCACCCUCUAUUAUUAGUGAAUCUCCUAUCCCCCUUAUUAAAGACAAAUCUAGUCCAAGCAAAAAUAUCAAUCUUGAUACUAUAACAACAAGCGAUGUUGCUGUGAUAAAAGAUACAGAAACCGAUGCUUUGGAUGCUUGUAAGGAAGACGUCUCAGACAUAGGACCUUUUGCAUCACCAUCGUUUAAUCUUGCUGCAUAUGUCAAUGAUUCGUUUACAUUGCAACAGUUUGUUCUUCUGGGAGUUAAACUCAAUGUAUUGGAAAAGAAACCAGAAGUUGCUGAAUACAUUUUGAAGUUAAACUUUGAAAAACAAGUAAAGCCGUAUUUAAGAUUUUUACAUGAUGUCGGAGUUCCUACUGAAGAAUUUGGAAGAUUUAUUACGAAAAAUCCGCUCAUUUUUCAAGAAGACUUGGAAGAUUUACAAAUCCGUAUCAAUUACUUGGAAGCCAAAAAGUUUACCACUGAAAUGAUUUCAAGAAUCGUUACGAGGAAUCCAUCAUGGCUCAGCUUCAGUACUGUUGAUAUUGACAAACGACUUGGUUUCUUCCAAAGGACUUUUGUCUUGUCUGGUGAUGAAGUCAGAGCACUUACAAUAAAGAGACCGACCAUCAUAACUUACAGCUUAGGAAAGAUAACUGUUUCCCAUUUUGCAGUUAAAGAAGAAAUGGGUUUCAGCGAAGUAGAGACUAAGACGCUACUUCUCAGAUGCCCCAAAGUCUUUGAUAUCCAUACACAAGCAUUGAAGAACCGCUUUGAUCUUAUACACAACCUUAUGGGCGUUCCACAUGAACAAAUUCUUGAACAGCCUCAUGUUUUGCUCUUCAGAGAAUUCAUAGUGAAACAAAGGCAUGAUUUUCUCAAAGAGCUCGGAAAGGCUCAGUACGACCCUAAGUUACCAAACUACGUAUCCCUGGAAACACUGGUGCACGGCAAUGAUGUGGACUUUUGUCGCAAUGUCGCCAAGACAAGUAUUAAUGUGUUUAAUGCUUUCUUAAAAUCAAGAUAGUUUGGCAAAUUUUGAUCUAGGUGUCUCUUUUUUAACAAAAA